CAAAUGAGACACUCUCCGCAUUUCCACCCACAAUCACGAGUAACACCUAUGACUACACUAUCUUUGAUUAUGCCAACCACAUGCUGGCACAGUCUGCGGUCGAGGUGACUGUGUUCAGAGUAGACUGGAACUACCCCAGUCUCAGGUUUAUUACUUCGCCACGUGUGCAGUUGGGUGGACAUGUCGCACUGAAUAACGGCCACCUGCAGUUCUACAUUGAGCCUGACAGCUUCUGUGAGCAGAACACACUUGUCACUGUUAGCAGGGGACCCAAUUAUGGUACAUGGACCUUUUCAGGCGGUGGAGAAGAAGGAAGAAACCUUGUAAUUGGUGAAACCUUUUCUCACAGUCUUCUCAGAAAUGGGUCGCUGUUGUAUCAACACGACGGCAGUAGAUGCACCACUUCAGAUGCAACCAUAUGGAAUAUAACAUGCAGUGGGAGGACUUUUCAGCUGGGCAUGACCCUAUUAAUCGUCCCUGAGAUAGGUGACCGGUGGUACCCCCUGCUGAAAGUGCAGCCAAGUACACUCGUUACAUUCUGUGGAAGGGCAUCACCACUUUUGCUCGAUAACCCCUUGUAUUCUAACGGCGGCCUCCGCUUUGAUGUUAAUGUGACACAUGGAGCUGUUGUAAGAUUGAACCGUGACCUGGACACAUUGUCGGUUAACCCAUUCCCACCGUACAUGGUCUCCGACAGCGUUGUCCCACAUGAGACUGCAACACAGUUCUCCAUUGACGAAGUACAGCGCGGCCUCAUCUGGUACAUUCCAGAUUGCUCUGGUACCAAUUGGCUGGAAGUAAGCAUACACGAGACUCAACAGCAGACUUCCAUACAUAGUCCCAUGCAAGUCCUUGUGCUCUAUUCAACCGUGCCUCUGGAGGAGUUUUUCCUGCUCUCAAGUGCGAGGGAAUUUCUCAGGGUAGUGAAGAACCAGCCGUUGCCUGUCGCAUCGGCCGAAAAUGCAGUGUAUAUCACCACCACCUUCCUCUACACACGCUGCAGCAACGUUGGCCCACCAAGCGCCAUCGCGUAUCGAGUGCUGCAGCCGCCUCAAUACGGCCAUAUCUGUUUUGCAACUCUAGAGUCAGAUCUCUGCACACAAUCUCUUCCUCAAUUCACACAGACUGAUCUGGACAGGUUCAAAAUAGUAUACAGACCAGACAGUGAAUCCCACCAACUUCUUCGCCAGAAUAAUGACAGCUUUUCAUUCGAAGUGGUUUAUCGGAACGUUGGCUUGGCUCAGCGGCUCACUGGCGUGUUUCAAAUAUAUGCCGCUCGGGUGAAUCCACUUGUCACAUCAGAGGAGCAGCUGUGGGUUGAACCACAGGGUUCACUGACAAUUCCACCCAGCCUCUUCCGCGACUCUGCCAUUAAACCUCUCCGGAACGCCAGGUUCCAUCUUCUAGUUCUUCCACAGUUUGGCGAGCUAGUGAUGCCAAACCCAACACCCCAAACCACCACCGGCACACCUUCCUAUACUUUUGAGGAGCUGAGGCGUAACCGUCUGCAGUAUCGCUACUUUGGGCUAACUCAGAGCUGCGGUGAUUCUUUCACCUUCUCAGCCUCAAACUCUACCCACAGUGUGAUUGAGACGGUUGCAAUCGCAAUCAGGCAGCGACAAGACGAGCUCCUCGGCCUGUGGGAGGUGGCAAAGUCAGUGCUGGCACAAGAGAACUUUGUUUUCACCUCACAGGACUUCCGGGUGCUGAGCGACUUUUGCCCCCAGUUUGUGCAGUUCAUGGUGAAAGGCAGAGCCCACCAAAGGUCGCCUUCGCCUCUUCCAACCCUCACUCCACACAUUUGUCCAGCUGAGGAACGACAGUAUUUUCAGUGCUGAAGACGUUAUGAAUGGGAGGCUGUGGUACAUGGCCAGUGAGCGGCACCAAAACUCCUCUUCGAUCACUGAAGGAAGGAUAAAUGAGCCACAGACCAUGAAGUUCUACCUGUCAGAUCCCAAAAACUUUCGCGACCCCAGCGAGCAGUUAAAUGGGAAGAUAAGUAUUGACUACGAGGUUACGUUUCUCCAGCCAACAGAGAUUCGGAUCCACACCGUGUUCAACACUCGCGAUGUCUAUGUCCUCUCUUGGAUACCUGAGCUGGGGAGGUUUGGAUACGUGUUCCAGCGAGACGACAUCCGGGUGGACAGCACACCGAGCCUGAGUGAGAGAGACAUCAGUGUCAAGAUCCUCGUCAAGGAGUCUCCGAGGAAAGGAUUGAUUCAGAGACAUGGGCAGCCCGUGACGGAGUUCUACUUGCAAGAGGCUCAAGAAGGUCAGAUCUACUAUGUGCCCAACAAUUGGUGGAUCUGGGUGAGUAGCUCGGACUCCUUCACCAUGUCCAUCCUCCUUGAGACAAGCAAUGCCUCUUUCUUCAUCAACACCGUCUACAACCACUCCAUGGCCAUAGUGUGGAGCUGGGUGAACCCCGUUCGCUCCUCCUACCUCCUCUCCGAGUCCGCCUCAACACUCGAGAUCUUCUUCAGGAGACAAGUGGACAACGGAACGUGCCCGGGUUACGAAUCCAACUUCACCCUGGCUGUUUCACCUGCUUCCAAUGCCACCCUCAGCACCUCCAACUGCGGCAGUGGCAUCAACGGUGAAAACGAAGGUGCACUGCAGACAGAGGAUGCCUGCAUCGACUCCCUCGAUCUCUCCUUCCUGCCCGGUCAAUGCGAGACGAGCGUGAUGGUACGGACGAGACAGGAUUUUGUGCUGGAGGGUCCCGAGCAGCUCCUGCUCCACGUGACAAACUGCGGCAACUGCGUCAGCAACGUGAGCCUGGCUCAACCGAUGGAAAUUAUCAUUGACGACACCCUUGACUAUGCAUAUGUGGGUGUUACAACCGGAUCUAACGGACCGGUGGCAUUUGGGUGCAGUAAAGGUGUGAAUGUGAGAGAGCAGGAAGGCCAGCUGGUGUUGGAGCUCACUCGAUCUGGUAACGUGGACUCGGAGGUGACGGUCUCUUGUAUCACGCAGUACGACACGGCUUUUGACAACGUUGACUACGAAGGAAUCAAUCAGUCGGUGACAUUUGGGCCCAGAGAGACGAGCAGCAGGUGCCGAGUACGGAUUUACGACGAUUCGGUGUACGAGGCGCAGGAGAGGUUCUACGUCUUUGUGACAGGGAUGUCCGGGCAGCUGAUCAGUAGCACACUGGAGAAUAUCCCGAUCUGCGUCUACAUUGUUUACGAUCCCAACGAUGGUACGCAUUGUUUGACGUACAUA